ACAGCUCCGGAGCGUUGCGCGCUCCCGCUAGCGUGCUGCUACCAGCGGCGGGCAGGCAGGGGGAAAUGUCGAGCGCACCUGUUUUAGAUGAAUUACGGUAGACUAAACUGUCCCUAACAUCUCCCUAACACAGACACAACCCGAGUAAUUCAACACACUGAUUUCUCUCCGAACGAGCAGGGGGGACAGACGGGAUGCCAAAAACUCGAGGAAGAACCGUCGGGACUUCUGGAAAGCGCUGGCACUAAAUAAGAGAAAAAAAAGGGGGGAAAAGUGAAAGAAAAGAACAAGCCGGAGGAGAAAUCGAGAAGAAGCUCAGAAAGACUGCGCGCUGUUUUCUCUGUUUUUCUCCUCUCCUACAACUUCCAGGAGCGGAGAUCAUGCAGCCCCGGCGCUAGUGCACGAUUGUGGUUCCGACUUCUCGCCAACUGAGUGCUCGCCUGGAGAGGAAGCGCGUUAACAGGCGGCUAGCGAGGACUGGGGAAGACCAUUGUCGCAGAAAGUAAUGAUCGUGCAAUAUCACUCUUAGAUCAAAGGACUAACGACAUUUAUUACCGAGCUUUAAAAAAACCCAUUGACUCUUGGCGAAACAGGCUCGACAAUACCAGCGGAUUCGCAUGGAAAACCGGUCUGUACCAGCGGAUAGUGAAGGUGACACGUGAUGAUGGUAGAAUCAGCAACUGAGACCAUUCGAACAACCCCCUCCAAUCAAAAUGGAGUCAGCAGCCUGAACAGCCAAUCGGACAGUGGAGGGAGAGAGGGUGGUUCCAACGGUGACACCAAUGGUGAAGUGAGCCCUGUGGAUUUACUGCACCUCCAGCAGCAACAGGCCCUUCAAGCGGCACGGCAGUUUCUUCUCCAGCAGGCAACUGGACUGAAUUCUCCCAGCAGCAACGAGGCGAAACAGCCGCCUGUGCAGGUUCCUGUCUCGGUGGCCAUGAUGACCCCGCAGAUGAUCACCCCCCAGCAGAUGCAGCAGAUCCUCUCUCCUCCGCAGCUCCAGGCGUUGCUCCAGCAGCAGCAGGCCCUCAUGCUGCAGCAGCUGCAAGAGUAUUACAAGAAGCAGCAGGAACAGCUGCACCUUCAGCUUCUCACGCAGCAGCAACAAGCGGGAAAGCAGGCCAAAGAGCCGUCUCACAGCUGGACCUCAGAAAUCCCUAUCAGUGCUCAUCAGCUGGGAAACAAGCAACUGGCGUUCCAGCAGCAGCUGAUCCAGAUGCAGCAGCUGCAGCAGCAGCACCUCCUCAACCUGCAGAGGCAGGGCCUGGUGAGCCUGCAGCCGAGCCAGGGGGGCGUGCCCAUGCAGACUCUGCAGCAAGCCAUGUGUCCCGCGGAUCUCCAGCAGCUCUGGAAAGAUGUGGCCAACGUGCAGAACGCCGAGGACAACAUGAAGCACGAAGGCCUCGACCUGACAACCAACAGCUCCAACACUACCUCGUACUCGGCCUCCAAGGUCUCACCUCAGAUACCGCAUCACUCUUUGCCAAACGGACAGAAUUCUGUUCACACUCCAAAGAGAGAGAGCUCUUCCCAUGAGGAGCACACGGGCUCACACCCUCUGUAUGGGCACGGGGAGUGCAAGUGGCCAGGGUGCGAAGCUCUCUGUGAGGACAUGGGCCAGUUCAUAAAGCACCUCAACAGCGAACAUGCAUUGGAUGACCGCAGCACUGCCCAGUGCAGGGUCCAGAUGCAGGUUGUCCAGCAGCUGGAAAUCCAGCUAGCCAAGGAGAGCGAAAGACUUCAGGCCAUGAUGACACAUCUGCACAUGAGGCCCUCAGAGCCGAAGCCCUUUAACCAGCCUCUCAAUCUGGCCUCUAGCGCUUCUCUGUUGAAGAGGGAGAGCGACACGUUCCCAGAGGGCUUACCUCACCCCCCCACCUCAGCCACUGCCCCUAUCACCCCUCUGCGCCAGGGACCAUCUGUCAUCAGCUCCUCCAGCCUGCAUAGCGUGGGGGGACCCAUCCGCCGCCGGAACUCCGACAAAUUCUGCACCCCCAUCGCUUCAGAGCUUGCACAGAAUCAUGAAUUCUACAAAAACGCUGAUGUCAGACCUCCCUUCACCUAUGCCUCGCUCAUACGACAUGCUAUAUUGGAAGCCCCAGACAGGCAGUUAACCCUCAAUGAAAUUUACAACUGGUUUACACGAAUGUUCGCCUACUUCAGGAGAAACACAGCUACAUGGAAGAAUGCUGUGCGCCAUAACCUGAGUCUGCACAAGUGCUUUGUGAGAGUAGAGAACGUAAAGGGAGCCGUGUGGACAGUGGAUGAAGUCGAAUACCAAAAGAGGAGACCACCAAAGAUGACCGGAAGCCCAACAUUAGUAAAGAAUAUGAUUUCUGGCCUUGGUUAUGGAUCGCUGAAUGCCAGUUACCAGGCGGCCCUGGCAGAGAGCAGUCUGCCUCUUCUGAACAGCCCAACCCUGGUGAACACCUCCACUGGCGCCAGUAUGAACAUGAUGCACGUGGGCCAUGAUGACGUCAGCAGCACGGUGGAGCAGGUCAACAGCAAUGGCAGCUGCAGCCCUGGCCUCUCCCCUCAGCAGUACGGGCACCAGGUCCAUGUCAAGGAGGAGCCAGCAGAGCUGGAGGAGGACAACAGGCCCGUAUCGCUCAUGGCAACAGUUUCCCAGAACCUGGCGUUGCCAGGCGACGAGCGGGAACUGGAGGAGGAGAUUCCUGCCGAAGAGUUGGAGUAGAGGGCUGAGAGAAGAGGGUCAGUGGAGCAGCUCUUCCUCACAUUGUAAAGUAGAAGAAAAAAAAAACAGAAAAUUACAAACAGGGUCGGGGCUCACUUUUGCUCAUAAACUUCAGCCACCGUACUGGGGCAUUUCAGAUCACCAUGCAAGGCUCAUAGACUUUACAAAACAUCAUUGUUUUAUUGUUUUUGUUUUUAUAUUUUUUCAGCUUUAUCUUUUUUUCUCGUCAACGCUAAAUAUUGGUUCUUAUCCAGCGACCUUUAUUCGACACAGAGGAUAUAUGCUCCCUAUCAUCGGCAGCACCGGCUUUGUGCCUGGGAUCAGUUGUCACGUUUCAGUCUUAGUGUUUAUUGGUCUUAGGUUUUUCCCGCCCCACGAGCAGUAUGAGUAUAUGUGUGGGCAUAUACAGAAAUACAAACAUACACACGCAUACUUUUUACAAGUUUUGGAGGUACCUUUCUUGUUAUUUUUUGUGGCUGAAAUAUAGCUUUGUUUUGUGGGGAGAUGGGUGGAGGUGGCACGAUUUUUAAAACAUUACCUCAGACAUCUGUUCCAAACAAAAUAACUUGUCAGUUUCCAGACACCAGUUUACCCAGUGAAGUGUUAAUUCAAGUUUUUUUUGAGAGACGCAGAGACAGGUGGCAUUUGUGUGGAGAUACAACCUUGUUCACUGACAAUUUUUUCAUGAAAAGGAGAGCUCCAGACAGCCAGUGGGAGAAAAACUCUUUAAGAAGUCUGUGCUAACUUCCAUAACGGCUGGUGUUGGUGCUAUUUGUUGUCGGACUGGACUGGUGGAGGGUAACCCUAAUUUUUUAUUCUGUUUUUUGGGGGGAGCAGCAUUAAACCCAUAUUUAGAAACGAUCUGCUCACUUCUGCAAAGGCCCCCACUUUCCGGUUGGUCUCUGCCUGGAUUUCUGAUCUGGAUGGGAAAAGUCGCAGUGCUGUGUUGUGAGGAGAUUUGACUAAAGACAAGGAAGACGUCUAGGUAAAGGACCGUCGCCACUGUCCUCCUUCAUCCUGCCUGUCGCAUGAACUGUCCUGUCCAACCGGGGGAUUGGAAUGCUGGAUUGCUGUCCGCAGGAUGCAGAGGAACUGUCACUUUUGACAAAAUUAAAAGACUGUACUGUGGGUGUUUCCUAACAAAUGUACGUGGUAGGGAUUUUUCCUCACUUUUUUUAAGGAAUCAGUUUUACAGUUGCUACACUAGGUGUCUCCAGUAAACAAUUAUUGUUUUUUGAAAAAUACUCCCAAAGCCUACCCCUACCCCACCUAAUAACAUCCCCUGAGUUUGAGGAAACAAAAAAAAUCAGCUGGUCUCUUCUUUUAUUUUCUGUCUUCUGGGUUUUUUCCCUGGGGUUGUUCAUUAUAUGGUUAUGAUAUUUUAAGUACUUUGUUCCAAAGAGCACUUAAUGUCGAGGGACUGGGAAUCUGAUGCCCAAAUAUAAAAGUCUGUAUGUUGAGGUUGCACCCCUAACGUUUGCAGUCAGAACUUAAGUACUGUUGUACUGUUGCAGUUUGGAGAUUUUAACUACAAAUUGUUGCAUUCUGGAUCAGAAGCCUCAGCAGUGGUGUGCAGUUUAGCCCAGGUAAAGUUUGGAAAGAUAUUCUGUACAGACAUGAAGGUCUGCAUCCCUAAUUUGGACAGUACUAGUUUUUAUUUCUUUAAAACGUCAGCUACAAUACAGUGUUGCUUUUAUACAUUUCUUCAGUCACACAAUACCUCAUUCCUAGAAGAUUUCACCUUAAACAGCGUCAAGUGUAGUAUAUAGGGAGUUUUAAAGUGGGCAGCCAACAUAGUGAAUAUGCUCAGUAGCAGUUUAAGGUUCUAUACAUAUAUUAGAAAGCUAUCUGCAAUUCAUGAUGUGAAUUGACCAUUAUAUCUGGGAGGGGGACGCAACAUCCAUGAGCAUAAAACAUACCUUUCCUGCAGUGCCAGACCAAAUUUUCUUUUGUUGUGUUUUCCUGUUUUUCUUUUUGUUUCCCAUUUUAUUUGUGUUACAGGUUACCAAAGAAACAUGUAGAAAACCAAAAACACUUUUUUUUGUUUUUGAUAAUUCUUUUAAAUACCUUUUUGUCUCUCUAAACGUACUGGCCAAAAGAAUACAAUUGUUUUUUUUAUUAUUUCAAUGCAUACAGUACAGAGCAUUCCAAACCAAAGUUUAAAAGUAAAGGAAGAAAAAGAUAAAGAAUUUGGUUUCUUUAAAGCUUGAAAUUAUUAGUUGUCUAGAAGGAAGAAUACCCUGUAGAUAAGGUCUAAGGCCAAAAACUUUAAACAGUAUUAACAAACCUCUUGCAGUUCCUCAAGGGAAAUCAAAAGCACUUAAUUAAGAGCUGUACCCUUUUCCUUCUCAGGCUACAGUGUUUUAAACACAAGCUUUAUAAGCCUCAUGAGAAAGUAUUCCACCGUCUUAUGUAACCCUUUUAAAGGCACUUGAAGAUGAUGGGACAGUAGCGACUAGGGGGACAGUCUGUUGUUGUGGACGGUGAUGUUUCAGUUUCUCCCUGCACGGCACACUGAACAUGCAAAUACCAAAUGAGAAAAAUCCACAUUCACUGAAUCAGAGAGGGAGAACUUGUCCUGAAGUACAGCACACGUGCUCGUACAUUCUGUUAGCCUCAGUCUUGUAUCAUGAUUCCCUUUGAUUGGAUUCAUUGUACUUAUCAUACCCUGUGGAAACUGUUUUUUUUUUUUAAUUUCUUGUAAACACUAAAAUAAUACAUUUUUCUCAAAAAAGGAAUACAAGAUAUUACUUGUUUCCUUCAUGCUGACUUGUAUGUUUUGUCAUUGUUGUUUUUUUAUGUCUAAAGUGGUUCAAUUAAAAGACAGAGGGACAUUUGUACUGUAAAAUAAAAUGUUUUCCUUAAGUCUUGGUUGACAAGUUUUGGUUCAAAAGCUUAUUAGAUAAAUGAAUUUGUUUUCUUCUAACUGUACAAUUUUGGAAUUAUACAACCACUGUCAAUAAGAGGGGUUUCCAAAAUGAAAAUUAAACUCGUAAAAAGAAAUCCUGUGAUGUUUCAAGUGUUCCGCAAGACACAUAUCAAGCAAAAAAUAUGGUCCCCACCCUCUGACUGACCCAAACUAGGUUAAGUAUUUAGAUUCAGGAUGACUAAGAAACAAUUAUCUGUUUUAUUUUGGUAGUGAAAAAUACCUCGUUUACCAUAGCAUGCAAUCCAAAAACAAAUUGAUAAUACCUUGUUGCAUAUUUCACAGAUAAGCAAUAGAAAAGAAAGUAGCUGUAUGUUUUCGCUUUAAGAUCUGGUUCAUAUCAAAACAUUCUUAGCUUUGCAAAUUCAUAUUUCAAUUGGCUUUUCAUUCCCUGGAAAUGUGGUUACAGUUGUUCCUUUUCAUUUUCAAGGAGAAAGUCCUUGUUUUCCUGUGAGCAAGUCAAAUGAUGCCUAUAAUCAGUCCUAGAGAAAAUAAAUCUGUGGAAUUAUUACACAGGGAUAUGUGUUCUGUCACCUGAAAAGCCCAUCAUUCUUUCGAAAUGAGCAAGCAAGCAGUUCACCCAUAUAAUCCACCAAAAAAGUGGAUUAAAAAUUAUUUUGUGGAAAUUGUUACUCAAUUGUUUUUUUAAUUGUAUUGCUUAAAUUUUAUGAUUUCUAAAAUUGCAUUAGAAUCCUAACAAUUCUUUUUUUUUAUUCAAAAAUAUUUAGAUGGAAAGUACACUGGCAUUUUACACAUAUAUCAAAUGUGUGUGUUUAUACAGUAUAAAUACAGAGAGGCUGGUAUACAAAUCUGCUCAGAGAACCCCAAAGCAAAUUCAGUGUUUGUGUAUUACACAGAGGAUGAGACAGUUUCUGAUUGCUGUAGAGUUCAGAAAAAUAAUUGUAGUUUUAUUGAUUUCAGUAGGUUGUUUUAAAGCAAUAGUUUGCCUUGUGCUUUUUCAGACGAUAAAGUAAUCUUUAAAAAAAUGAAUUUACUUUUAGAAAGUUCACCUCUGACCAUGUAUUCAGUUAAAGACAUAAUCCAAAAAUAACAAAAGAUACAAAAGCACUACCUCUUUUGAAACAUUUUCUCAGAGCAAAAUGCAAAAUAUUUGAGCCUGACUGUCCACAUCUACACUAUUAUUUCUUUAACUUUUAUUACUCCUAUUUUUUCCAAAAAAAAAACCAAAACACAGUUUACAGUUGCAAUGCAGCAAGCAUAGGGAUUUGUAUUUUGCAAAAAUGCACACUUGCAAUGAAUCCAUACUGAAAGUUCACUGGCACGAACAAUAAAACCAUAUUGUAUCUCAUUGUGAAAAAUGACUACCUCUCCAAAACAAGAGCAGAAAAAAAUGGAGUUCUACAAAGAGCAAAAUGUAAGAGGUCAACAUAUUUAAAAGGUCUUCUCAGAAUACAUAUUCACCAUCUUUAAGUGAUCUAUUAGCAUAUCCUCUAUAAACGGAUCCUUUAUGUUGAAGCUUAAUUGCGUUCUCUAAUUAGAGUGCCACAGUGAAGACAGGUUCGCUUUAAGCCAAUAAGAGCAAUUCAAAUGAGCCAAUUACUGAGCAGGCUCAACAGAGCCAUCAACCCCAUUGUUUAACAAGUAUGUGGACAGUCUCAGCUCCUUGUUACAGGAGUUUGACUCGCCGGCUAUUUUAGAUGAAUAUUUUAUGAUUGAGGUCUUUGAUUUAAACUGUAAAUGCAUAUAUAUAAAUUAAUUUGACCUCCAUACACACAGUCAUAUAUGCAUAUUAAUGCAUGUACAGUUUAAAAGACAAUAUCAUAAUUCCUCCCUGUUCCUUUUUUCUCUAAUGUUGUAUUUUUUCAUGCCUAAGAAUAAUGUCAGAUUAUUAAGUUGAGAUGAGAAAAGUGUUUUAAUGUUUUUGAAGCUGGAGAGUCAACCCCUUGAAUCUCUUGUAGCUCUUUUCCACAUGCAAAGCUACAUCUUAUUGUAAGCAGUGCUUGUAGUGAAUGGCGAGUAUUGCGAUUGCCGUUGCUAACAAAGCUGUCUGGCAUUGAGGGGUCGCAGCAUAGCUUUAAAUUUCCUUCCCAAGCUGAUCUAUUAACCAUGAUUGCACCAGUGUAAACUCCCAGAGCCUGAGACUCAAGAGGUGUUUCUGCAUAUUGGAUCAUGUUGUGGGGAAUUUAUCAGAGAUCACUGAAAGAUUGCUUUUUUUUGUUUGCCAGCACAGAUAAUGUGAGUGGACUUUUUAGACUUAUACACUGAGUGGGACGUGAGUGGCGACUUCUCUGCUCAGUUGUGCCCAACCUUUUCUCCAGUGCAGCAGUGGAGAGGGACAUUGUCUUUACAGAACGAAAUAAGAUAUCCAAAGAGUAAAGCAGAGCUCACAGCCCACCGUGCUCGUGUUGGGUGGGAGGGGGACAAAUCUACAUUUUAAAAGAGUUUUAAGUUUUAAUGGACGUGACUCAAAUCUGCACACACUACUCGAAAGGUAACUGCUGCAUUUGCAAAAAUGAACUUCAAUUUGUGCUUUAAGGUACACCUGUAUGUUUUCUAAGAUGUAGAAUUAACUGACAUCCUUUGAUGGAGUUAGCAAACACUCAUUACACUUAAGUUACUUUACAAAAUUCUUGGUGUUUUAUUGUAUAUUAUGGCUUGGCUUAGCUCUCAAGAGCUUCUUCUACAUAAUUUUUUUGUUUUACUGUUUUAAUUUUCUGCACCUGUUUAGAUAUUGUAAAGCUUUGAGCUCAGUUUUUCCUAUACUGUAUUGCUUAUGCUAAAGUGUAUGUAUUUAUCAUAUUAAGUGCAGCAGGUAUAAUGGAUAGUUUUUUUUUUUGGUUUUGUUUUUCAUAAAACGUCUGGGACGAUGAUUUUUUUUAAGUGUAUUAUCUUUAAAAAAUAAAAGUUAGAUAAGUGGUUUAGGUAACACCUGUUUGUAUAUUUAUCUUAGCUAGGGUCUAUUUUGAUACUUUUUGUCUCUGUACUGCAUUUAUGCAUUUUUAAGGAAAGAAAAAAGUAAACAAAAAAGUUGAAUUCAUUGUGUAUUGAUACCUCAGAAGGACUUUUCUCAAAGACAGGACCAAAACCUCAAAAAAAAAAGAAAAAAUUGAAGAAAAUAUGUAGCCCUCUCUUGAUGUUAAGAAAGAGCAGCUGUAAGGUAUUUUAAUUGGUCCUUUUAGGUGCCAAUCUGUAAAAAACCUCCCUUUAAACCAAGUCAUUCCUGUAUCUAGCCAUUACCUGCAAGACUGUGUUUCAGUAUCCAGUGGUAGUUUCGGAGUGUUGUGGGGUCUCUGAGCUGCAGAGCCACUGUAUCUGACAAUAUACAAAACCACAAUUUUGUCCUCAACAAGCUUUUUCAGCCUUGUUCUGAAUUGUGACUGAAGAUAGAAUUCCAAUUCUCCUUUCAGGCAUGCCUUCCUUCCUUCUAACUCCUAUAAGGUGUGGAGAUCUUUCAUGUAAAAUUCACUCAUGAGCCCGUGGAGCAACCAUGAACCGGUUGAUUGAGGAGGGCAGGGCGGGAGUCGACAUUUCUCUUUUGAAAAGACAAAAUUGCACGACCCUUUUUUUUCCCCGUGAACUUACAAAUGUUGCCUAGUCAAUUUCUGACAAAAGUGUAUUUUCUGUGGCAGUCUUGACGUCACAAAACACUUUUGCACUCCUGCCGUUUCGUUCACAUGUGGUAGCCAAAUGGACUUCUGCUCCACUGGCGGAGACGGGAGAGGUUGAUGGGAAGACAUCCAGCUUCAGCUUCAGAAGUCAAAUAAUUGAUCUCCAUCACAGAAGGAAAUGAGGGGGGGAGGCCUUUGCCUGAUGUUACUAGGAACGUGACUUUCUCUGUUACAGUUUUCCGGGUAUGUGCUUUUCACAGUGGCACACUGAAGCAGGAAUCCAGGCUUUUGGUAAUCAGAUACUGUACGUUGGAACUCUUCUUCAGCUGCCAAAGAGGUUGUUGUAGAUAAAUUUUGUAGCCCUCCAGUUUGUAAAGAACAGGAUGUUUUACUCAAACUCCACAAUACGAUAUGUGGUUCUACGUGGUACUGUGCGGCACCCAAGACAGAAGAGCGCUUUUUAAUCUAGGUGAUUUAGUAGGUAAGGUGCUAUAAAACUGUAGUAUUUUCCUGAUAUGUUCAUUAUUUUUCAAUGGGUUUCAUGAUGUCAGGAGUCAGUUAGAGGACAGGUUUUGUAAAUCCAUGAAACAGUAUAAAUCUAGUACUGACGUACAUGUUACUCAUUAUAAAGUGUUGCUAAAUCUUGAGAUUGUUUUAUUUUAGCGUUCUUCACUGCAUCUGUGCAUUCCAUUAAACACACUAUUAAACUUGCUGGUGAGGCCCUGUGACAUAUUGGGGAAGCCAUUUUGCCUUGUACAAUGACUUCCCUUGUGACUUUGCUUGGGAGGCAGCUCUCGUAUUGCCAGUGUGAAACUUUAGGCCAACAAAACGAAACUACCACUUCCAGAAUUUUGUUCAUUGUAUUUUAAGAGAUGUGUGAUCAUUUUCUGCAGUGACUUCCUGUAACAGUUUAGUUUUUCUUUUUCUUUAAUAUAUUUUUAUGUGAGACCCAGGUGAGAAAAAGUGGGCAUUUUAAGGUGAUAUGGAAAAAAACAAUGUAUGCACCCUCCACAUUCUUGUCACCCGGGUACCCUGUUUUUCUGCAAGUCACUGCCAUUUUUCUUCAUGGUGUAUAAAAAAACACAUAUAUCUGUGUAUUUGUAACCUGAAUCUCCUUGUGUCUGUUCAUGCAGACAAUAAAAAAUAAAAAUCUGUACAGUAGUUCUAGUUGCAUGUAAUCUGUACUAAUUAUUGACAAUGGCAUUAUAAAAUGCAAUAAAAUACUUAUUACACUGUC